UUUCCAGGAGAAUUUUACCAUUUCAGUGAGAGAAAUUAAAGGAAAUAUAUUCCAAAAUUCAGAUAAUUAAGAAAAAAUAAAAAUAAACACUUGAUCAUCAUCAUCAUAGAACAGAAAGCAGUUACCAGAUGAUAAACAUUACAUAGCUUAGCAUAUCUUUUCACUGCCUCAAAUCCAAAUCUAUUACACUUUUUUUUUGGCCCGAGUAAGAAAGAACGAAUGAUGAAUGAAUACUACUACAACAACAGGCGCAGAGGCCCUAAGCUAAAGGCAGCCAUAAAGGUGGUGAUGGUUAUCAUAGGAUUUUUCCUCGUUGGCUACAUUGUUGGCCGACCUUUGUAUUGGCAUCUUUCUGAAUUUUUAACGGCCAAGAUUCGUUCUUCUACCCUUCGUUGCCAUCCUUGCUCCUGUGAUUGCUCUUCUCAACCCCUCCUUACCCUCCCUGAAGGAUUGAGCAACAGCUCCUUUACAGAUUGUAUGAAGCAUGAUCCUGAAGUGAGCCAUGAGAUAGAGAAAAGUUUUACAGAUAUGUUGUCAGAGGAACUGAGGUUAAAUGAAGAAGAAGCUCAGAAAAAACAGCAGCGUGCAGACGUGGCGCUGUUGGAGGCUAAGAGAAUGACAUCUCAGUACCAGAAAGAAGCAGAGAAAUGCAAUUUUGGAAUGGAUACCUGCGAAGCGGCAAGAGAAAGAGCUGAAGAAGUAUUACAAGAACAAAGGAAACUUAGUGCAACAUGGGAGUUUAGGGCUCGCGAGAGAGGAUGGAGAGAAGGCCUCAUGAGGUCUCAGGUUAAUCAAAACUUCGAAUAGAUUAGGUAAUUCUGAGGAAAUCCAAUGUAGCACGUUGAAGCACAACCAUUUCGAAUCUGAGUUUUGAUCCUAGUUAAUUCAUUUUUUAACUUACUCAAUUAUGCUAUCCAAUUCUUUCCUCUGCAAUCUGUUAAACGUCUUGUGCUUAGGUUACCUUUGGCUCUCCUGUGUGGCAAUAUAACAACUACCAGCUGCAUCGUACUCUAGCAUUUAAAGCAAUUUUGUUGACUUCGGUUAUGGCAGAUGCUAGUAUAAAUGUGACAGCAAUUCGUGGAUAUAAGACACCUGCAUUCUCCAUUGAUCUUCCACCAGACAACUAAUUUGUAGACCUUCAUUAAGUGAGCAGGCAAAUAAGUGGAUGUCAGGACUUUUGAUUCAAUUGACUAGGACUUCACAAUGGAAGCAUUUUUCAAGAAAUUGUAGCUCAACUUUUACUCAUAUCUCCAUUCUUGUAAAAAGUCUCACGUUCGAGCCUCUCCCCAGUACCCAAAAAAAGGAGAGAUGGUUUUAAUUAGGCCAUUUAUCAGUCUGGCCAGUAUCAGGUCCUCUUGCUCUUUCUAGUGUGCAUUAACAAGGACACAACCAGCUAACUAAUUAGCUGAAAAAAGUCAAUGAUGAGAAAAGUUGCAGAUAGGACUGCAAACAAGAAAGGAAGAAAGAUCGUAUGGUGCAACACGGUUAUUUAUGAACGGAAAGAUAAGUUUGUCUGAAGCUAGGCAAGGGCCCAAAUUAAGCAAUGGCAUGGCUGGCUUGCCUAGUUCAUAUUUCACUUGUCAAAACAAGGCCAAUUUGGCUAGAUACCACUACUAUUUAGUCUUCCCUGCAACUAUAUAAGUUCACAUCUCACACCACUACUUCAUUAGAUUAUUGGGGAGGGAAACAGAGUUGAGAAGAUGGGAAAUGUUUCUCUGAUUUUUAUGUUAGUGGUGGUAGUGUUAGCGAUCAGAGUUGGUGUUGGCCAAUCCCAGCUUACAUAUGAUUACUACAGAUCUUCGUGUCUAAAUGUGGAAACUAUAGUUAGGCAAGAAAUGCUAGGCAUUUUCUUGGUGGAUGUUACAGCACCAGCUGCUUUUCUUAGGCUCAUGUUCCAUGACUGCCAAGUUCAGGUUAAAAAAAAUUAUAUUUCCUUGUUUGUUCUCUGCUUAGAAAAAAUAUGGUAAUGUCAUUGUAACAUAUGGUUUCUUUCUAUGGUGUCCUGCAUUUUGAACUCAAGUCAUGGCUCGUAUAAUCCUUGCUACUGUAUCUUCUUUCUUCUUCUGAACCUAUGUAUUAUAUGGAUUCGCUUAUAAGCUGAAAAUGAUUGGUUGAUAUUGCUUGUACAAGGCACCAGUAGACAGUAGUGUUAUUAAGUUAGGUUUAUUGUUCUUGCAUGAGAAUCCUCUCACUUUCUGUAUGCAUAUGUGACGCGUCGAUCUUGCUGGAUUCAGGCAAUUCUGAAUUGUUUUCUUCAAAAAACGUAGGUAUCAGAAAGCAAGAAGCAAUAGGGUAUAUAAAAUCUGUACUGGAAGCUGAGUGUCCAGGACAGGUAUCUUGUGCAGAUAUUAUCGUAUUAGCAGCUAAGGAAUCAGUAGACUUCUCCGGAGGACCCCGAAUUCAGAUCCCUUUAGGAAGGAAAGACUCUACCACUAGUAACAACAAACAGUCUGAUGAUCUUCUUCCUUCACCAGCAGUAACAGUUGAUGAAUUGCUUCAUAUUUUCAUGUCUAAAGGGAUGGAUUUGGAGGUAUCAGUGGCCAUCUUGGGUUAAUGAGUUAUUAACACAAUCCAGUACUGCUGUUUAUAUUGAGAAACAACUUCAGACCUUUAUGACAUUAAAGAUUAUCAAUGCCAGUUCAUAAUUAAUGCAUCUUGCAUUUCUGAGAUUAAAAAUCACUUAACCCUUAAUUAAGCAUGCCAGUACAAGGAACUUAUUGCAACCUUAAGGUUGCUACUGUCAUUAAUGCAGCUACAGAUAGCAUGGAAGUAACUACCAAAAACAGCAGAACACCAUAAAAAAUAGACGACAAGAAAUACUGGCCAUUUAGGGCAUGGUGGCAUGAAGAAAGUACUUUGCAACUAAUGUUCUUACAGAAGGGAAAGGACAGGCCAGGAGAUACUGCAACAAAGUGAACUGAGGGUGAAUGGGUGAUCCGUCCGCCAAUCUCUUUGGUGGAUUCCAUUGAUUGGUGAACUUAUCCUAAACUCUAAUCUCUUUAUGGUGUGACUGUAUCAUUGAGAUUUGUGAGUUUAAACCUUGUUAUUCCUCUCUCCAAUGGUGUUAUCUGUCUCUAAAGAGUUGAACACAACCUAUCUUUUAUUUUUCCAUCCUCCACACUUCCAUUCCCAUCAUCUAUCAUAUCCAUAAUUCCCAUUGAAAUUCUAUCAUCCUGCAUCUCCUUCCUCAUAAUGUAAACAAAAAGAAAAAAUUCAAUCAAAAUAUCCUUAUUUGAAUUUUUUUUUCAAUUUCACUUUUUAAUUAAAUAUAAAAUUUAUUUUGUAUUUUAAUUUUUUAUUUAUUCUUUUAAUUGCUAUAUUUUUUAAAUUCUUUUGUAUAAUUAAAAUUCUUUUUCUUAAUUUUAUCAUUUAACAUUUGAUUGAUUAAGAAUUAGACUUCAUAGUUUUUAUAAAUAGGAUGCUUCGUCUCUAAUGACUCAGGUCAUGAUUUGUUUUAAAUGAAAAGCUUUAUAAUUUUUUUUAUUUUCUUAUCGGGUUAUUUAAAUCUCUUGAUCUAGACCUCUAUUUUGAUGAGAUAUUUCGAGUUGACUCGAUCCUAAUUAUCACAGUUACAAGUUUGUCAUAAUCGGUUUUUUUAUGUUGUUUUUUUUUUAAAUCUCAUUUCAACACUUAAACAUUAUAAGUCUAGUGAGAUACUAAGAUGAAAAAGGAUGGGAAAGAUGAAGGUUUUACUUGACAUUAUCAUCCUACCAUACUUUUAAAAAAAUUUAAAUUUUAUUUUAAUUUUAAAUUAAUUAUUUUAAUUUUUUUAUAAUUAUACUGAUAUCAAAAUUUUUGAUUGUAAUAAGUGUUUUUCCGCAAAAUCCUCCCAUGAGUCGGUUAGCUUGCAUUACGGCUGAGUUUAUAUUAGAUUACCUUUAUGUCCAUCUAAGAAAGAGGGAAAAAGAAAGUAAUGAGGUUUUGAUAAGGGUAGUUUUGCCAUUUAGAAAAGAUAAGGAAACCCUAGUGGAUCCAUUAUUGGAGUAUAAAUAAAGACUUCUCAACCACAACUACUCUCAAAGAUGGAGGAAGCUGGAGAUUGUUGGUGAAGCUCUUUCUCAAUGUUGAAGAAUUAGUUUCAUUGAGUUUGCAAAUGUUGACAAAGAUUGGGAUUGCUAAUAUAAGGAGAGACGAAAUCUACAGCAACUUUAGUACAAGACUGCAUGGAUAAAACAUAAGCAAUUCAGACAUUGUUCAACAAUACAAUAAAAGAUAUUCAGCAAUUUCUUGUGGUCCACUACCAGAAAAUUAAUAAAUAUAAAUAGAAAUACCAGUGAAAUUUUUUAAUUGGUAUAUUACGAUGACCUUUAGUGAUAUAAUUUCUCAUUUUUGUAUUUAUCGGUAAACAUCGACAGAAAAAUUCCCUUAGUAUGUACAGAAUUGCAGUGAGAGAAUAAAUAAUGAAAAAAAAAAGUCAAACAGUACAAUGACAAGUAAUUUUUAUAUAUGGCAUUACAAAUAGAAUUAACCUGAAGGUAAAGUACAUUUGUAAAUAUACCAAUGAAAAAAUUUCCUUGAUAUAUACCGAGAAAAUUACAAAGGGUAUUACAAUAGGAUUUAAAAAAGACAAAUUAUAUGGUGAUGUGAUAUUUUUACCGCCGGAAUGACUGAUGGAGUUACUGAUGAAAUAAUUUUGUCGGUAAUAUUUUAUUUAUGACCUAGCGAUUGACCCUUCUCUUUUAUUUCUUGUUUUUUAUGUAUUUAUUUCUGCAAAAAAAACCACCUCUAAUCUCAAUACAAUUUAAUCUUCCACAACAAAUUUAGCUAUCACAACACUUAGUUUGUCAGCAUUCGUGUUUUAAUUCAAAUUUUAUUAAGGAUUUUAUACUUUAAGUAAGCAAAUUUAUCUUUUUUUAUUUGAACUCAAUUUUAUUUUUAUUUUUUGCAUAUUUUUAUAGUAUAUAUAUAUUUUGUUUGAAUAUUUACUUGUUUUAUAGUUUUUUCUCGUAUAAAUUUGUUGUAUGGAUUUGUAAUUUGUAUAUGCUAGGGUUUGUUUUAAAUUUUGUAAAAUUAUAUUUCUUUGUAAAUUGAUAAAACUUAUGUUGAAUUUUUUACUUAGAUGUUUUGUGAUAAAAUAAAUAAUAGCUUAUUUAACAAGUUCGUUUUAUAUCUUGUCAAUUUUAUUGUCGAGUUGAAAUUUUUGGUAAAUGUGUAAAAAUUUAAAUUUAUAUAGAUAAUUGAUAAUGAAUUAAAAGUAGUAUUAAAAUAGAUUGAAUAAGUUUAAGUUAAAUCAAUAUUUUUGCAAAUUUAUUUAAUUAAUGUAUUUAAUUAAUAUAUGUCAUCAUUAUUUUAUAUAGAUUUGAUAUAAAUAAUGGAUGAUCAUUUAUGAAUGUAUAGAGAUUCAUCCAAGGGUUGCGAAUGAUCUAUUAUUGUAAUGGGUUCAAGGUUUUAUUGAUUACACACUAUCUAAUUCGAGAAAUAUUAGGGGAAUGAGUAUUAGAUGAUCAUACAAAAGGUAUAAAAAUAAAAAUUUUCUUGAUCCAGAUGUUGUAACGAUGCAUCUCCUAUAAAAAAAAAUCAUGCAGAAAUACCCGUGUUGGUAUGCACACAGAGAAUCAUAUGUUCCUUAUGAUACUAUGAUAGAAAUGAUAGAAAUGAUGGUUGGGUCAACUUCUAGUUCUAACAAUGUGUAUAGAGUUGUAGAUAACAAUAGUAAUCCUUAUAGGAAUAUAGCUAUAGAUGCGAUGAGAGUGAAUCAGGGUCAUAAUGGUUAAUGUUCAAUAGUAAAUGAAGAACUUAAUGCAAAUACAACCAGGUUUUUUGACCUUUUGAAAAAUUUUGACGAAUUAUUAUGAGAUAGUUGCACAAAUCACACUAAAUUAUCGGUUGUUGCACAAAUGUUCACCAUCAAGUCAUAUCAUGAGUUAAGUGAGGCUGGUUAUAACAUAAUUAAUUGUCAUAGUAAAUUAACUGUGGGAAAUGAUGUCUUUCAACUUGGUGAGUUAGUUAAUCUAUAUCGAGUUGUUUCGUCUAAUGGCUUAGAAGAAAAUUUAAAUUUUCGCAUCACCAAGAAUGUUUUAUUGAUAUUGAUGCUAAGGAGUUGAAUGAUGUUUUGAGCUCCAGCAAAUAUAUUUAGCAUGUGAUGUCCACGUGUUUCACGUGACGAUCACAUUCCAAUGCGGAAAAUCAAAAUCGACGUGUUCACAAUUUCAUUACCACGCACACCAGCGACUCUGUUCUGUUCAUUUCGCAUGCGAAGCGGAUGAUAAGAUUUUUUUUAUUACAUCCAUUUUUUAUUAGUUGUUUUUUAUAAAUAUAUUUAAUUGACAACAUUUGUAUCUUGAAUGAGUCAAGUCCAAUGAAGCUUUUUGUUGAAAUGCAUGUGCGAAGUGAUCACCACCAAAAAGAGGUGUAGCGGUUCAUAGAUAGCUGAGCUCAGUAUUUUGUAGUAUGUUGGUUUUCAACCAUUUUUUUUCUUAGUUAAUAUUUCCUUGAAUUUAAUGAAUUUUUUUUCCCAUGAUACAUAUAACAUCAUUGUUGAUAUGUUAUGAUUUGAAUAUACCACAUCAAUUUGUAGUGUAUGGAUGAUGAGAUUUUAUUAAUAGAACCAAUCUCAAUAGAUUUAUUGGAA